AUGUCCCUGGCAUUCACAAACCAGUCCAACCAACCCAGUGCCUAUGAGUUCAUCUUCCGGCCGUUCUCCACCAUUCCCGAGAUACAGCACCUACUCUUCACGUUCUUCCUUCUGCUCUAUCUCACAAUCCUCUUUGGCAAUUUCUCCAUCAUUUGGGUUGUCUGCACUGACCGUUCCCUGCGUACCCCCAUGUAUUUUUUCCUGGGCAACCUCUCCUUUUUGGAGAUCUGUUACACCACCGCAGUAGUGCCUCAAAUGCUGGCUGGUGUUCUAGACAUCCACAGAACAAUCCCAUUUGCAAACUGUGGCAUCCAGAUGUUCUUCUUUGUGGCACUAGGCAGCACUGAUUGUUUCCUGUUGGCUGUCAUGGCAUAUGACCGUUACGUAGCCAUCUGUCACCCACUUCGCUACACCGUCAUCAUGACUUGGCAGAUAUGCACAUGGCUGGUGGUGGGCUCAUUAAUCCUUGCCCUUGUGCUGUCACUGGAGCUGACUGUCCUGAUCUUCACCUUGCCUUUCUGUGGUCACCAGCCCCAAAUCAACCAUUUCCUAUGUGAUGUGCCUCCUGUGUUGCGGCUGGCUUGUGCUGACACCCAUCUCCAUCAGACCGUGCUCUUCAGCGUUGGGGUCAUAGUGCUGACUAUCCCCUUCCUUCUAAUAUGCAUCUCCUACGUCUACAUUGUGGCUGCCAUCCUAAAGAUCCACUCCACGUCUGGACGGCACCAGGCCUUCUCCACCUGCUCCUCCCACUUGACAGUGGUGAUCCUACAGUAUGGCUGCUGCAGCCUGGUCUACCUGCGUCCCAAGUCAAGUUCUUCAGAGGAUGAGGACCGACAACUUGCUCUCAUAUACACGUUUGUCACUCCGCUGUUGAACCCCCUCAUCUACAGCCUGAGGAACAAGGAUGUCAAGCAGGCUCUAAAGAAGGCCAUGGGGAGGACUACUGAGUCUCAGCCAUGA